UCCAGCCACAGGCUUUAAAAACUGCUCCAACUGCGGAUGAACUCUCGCUUUUUCUUAUAAUAAAAGUGGAGGAAAAGACCCACAACAGUGUCCUCUUGAAGAUGCUGGAUCCGUUUCUCAGGCUUUAUUACUAAAAAAAAUAUGUGUUUAAGAAUGAAAAUGCUGGAGUUAAUAUGAAAUGAUUGAUUUCUUGUUGUCUUUUCUGAAUUUUUGUGACCAUGGGAUUACUGGAUCUCUGGAUUUUGAUCGACACAAUACAGCACAACAGAAGAACCUUGAAGGCUAUGUCGGCUUCGCAAGCCUCCCAAAUCAGGUCUACAGGAAGUCUGUGAAGAGAGGCUUCGAGUUCACCCUGAUGGUCGUGGGUGAAUCCGGUCUGGGCAAGUCGACACUGAUCAACUCAUUGUUUCUUACGGACCUUUACUCAGCAGAAUAUCCCGGACCUUCACAUCGAAUCAAAAAGACCGUAAAGGUGGAGGAGUCCAAAGUGCUAAUAAAAGAGGGCGGAGUCCAGCUGCUGCUAACGAUAGUUGACACUCCAGGAUUCGGAGAUGCAGUUGACAACAGCAACUGCUGGCAGCCGGUCAUCGACCACAUAGACAGCAAGUUUGAAGAUUAUCUGAACGCAGAGUCGCGCGUCAACCGACGACAGAUGCCCGACAGCCGGAUCCACUGCUGUCUCUACUUCAUUGCUCCGUCGGGACACGGCCUGAAGCCGCUGGACAUCGAAUUCAUGAAACGGCUGCAUGAGAAAGUCAAUGUCAUCCCGCUGAUCGCCAAAGCGGACACCCUCACCCCGGAGGAAUGCCAGCAGUUCAAGAAGCAGAUCAUGCGGGAAAUCCAAGAGCACAAAAUUAAGAUUUAUGAAUUUCCAGAGACGGACGACGAGGAGGAGAACCGGCUCGUGAAAAAAAUAAAGGAUAAGCUGCCGCUGGCUGUUGUUGGAAGUAACACCAUCAUUGAAGUGAACGGCAAGAGAGUCAGAGGAAGACAAUACCCCUGGGGGGUCGCAGAAGUGGAGAACAGUGACCAUUGUGACUUCACCAUCCUCAGAGACAUGCUCAUCAGAACUCACAUGCAGGACCUAAAGGACGUGACCAAUAACGUCCACUACGAGAACUACCGCAGCAGGAAGCUGGCCGCCGUCACCUACAACGGCCUGGACAACAACAAGGCCAAAGGACAGCUCUCCACCAAACUUGACACAGUUGAAGGAAAGAGCCCCCUGGCCCAGAUGGAGGAGGAGCGGCGAGAGCACGUGGCUAAGAUGAAGAAGAUGGAGAUGGAGAUGGAGCAGGUGUUUGAGAUGAAAGUCAAGGAGAAAGUGCAGAAGCUGAAAGACUCUGAAGCAGAGCUUCAGCGGCGCCACGAACAGAUGAAGAAGAACCUGGAGGCUCAGCACAAAGAGCUGGAGGAGAAGAGACGCGUCUUUGAGGAGGAGAGAGCCAACUGGGAGGCUCUGCAGCGCCAGGAGCAGCUGAAGCAGGAGGCCUCCAAGACUCUGGACAAAAACAAGAAGAAAGGCAAGAUCUUCUAAGCACAGCCGGCAGAACCGGCUCAGCUCGGGUUCUGUCGCUUUGCCAACGUUGUCAGGAGACGAGCGCACAGCGCCAACACUGCACCCAUCUCCUCCUCCUCCUCGUUUUCCUUCUUUCCCCCCUCUUCCUCCGUGCUCCUACCGCCCCGUACCAGCAGAGGGAGCUCUGUGGACAGCUGUGGGGGGGCCGUUUGUACAGCCUGAAUCCAGCAGGACUCAUCAUCAACGAAUGUGUUUACCCUAACGAAAGGAAAAGUAACCCACUUUUAGAAAAGCCAAACUUAUAUUUUAAUUAUUAUUGAUGUUAUUAUUAUUAUUAUUGUUGUUGUUCUUGUCAUAACUGAAUACUGUCCUCACCCCUCCAGCUACUGCUGCUGCCCCCCUCCCCUAAGGUUUGACUGGUGUGUGAAGAUUCGACAAACAACAAAACUAUUGUACAAUCAGUUUUUGGUGCAAUUGAAAUGUUUACAGGCAAACGGAAGCGUGAGCGUUUGGCGUGUCGUCGAGAAGGCCUUCAGUUUUCCUGCUCGCCCACUAAAGACGAGUCCUGAAACCUCCCCGCCCCUUUUAUAGACUCUUCUCUUCUGAAACUUUCCUGUUUUUUUAGCUCUCUCCACUAGCAUCGGACCACCAUUUAUAAUAAGUGUUAUACUUCACUUUAGUUUAUUUUUAUAUAUAUAUAUAAAACUAUAUUUACCAAACCGGCUGAAGUUCUGACUUCUUUUGUAUGUUUGGAAACCCCUCAGAGACUCGGCAGCAUCUUCAUGUUUAGAAAAAAAAAUGGUCAAAUCGUUUCUGAAAGUGUUUGGAAAACAGUGGAAAAGAAGAGUCACCAAGACAUUUUUGCUUUGGCUGUGUUACUCCAUCUCUGUAUUUUUAAUUUUAUUUUUCAUUUGUAAUGUACAAAGUCACUUAAUAAACCUGUGAUGGCAUUCUGGA